ACAGUGAGCUUCUGGCAGCCGUCCGAUCGCGUAGAACAUUCGCAGUUUUUUAGCCUUCCUCCCCAGAUAGUUAUUCUAGAUCCACAGCCAUGUCUCUGCGUGUGAUGUCCCCCGCCAUGCUGAGUGCCUGGAGCCAGACUUUGGUCCGAGCCAUGUCCUCGCAGAGCGGCAGCGGCAAGAAUAUCGGCUUUGUGGGCCUGGGCAACAUGGGCGCCAACAUGGCCAGCAACCUCAUCAAGGCCGGCCACAAGCUGCAUGUCUUUGACAUCUCUAAGCCCGCCUGCGAUGGACUGGCCGCCAAGGGAGCCACCGUUUACUCCAAGACCUCCGAGCUGGCCAAAAACUCUGACUUUGUGAUCACCAUGCUGCCCAACAAUGCCAUUGUGGAUGCCUCGUACGAGGAGAUGACUGCCGAUGGCGUUAACAAGGACACCAUCUUCAUUGACUCGUCCACGAUCUCGCCGGAGCUGGUCAAGUCGCUGCAGAAGAAGAUCAGCGGCAAGGGAGCCAGGUUCAUUGAUGCCCCCGUUUCCGGAGGAGUUCCCGGUGCCGAACAGGCCACCCUCACCUUCAUGGUGGGCGGCACUGAGGCGGAGUACAAUGCGGUGAAGAGUGUGCUGGAGUGCAUGGGCAAGAAGAUCACCCACUGCGGUGUCUAUGGCAUGGGACAGGCUGCCAAGCUGUGCAACAACAUGAUGCUGGCCAUCUCCAUGAUCGGUGUCUCGGAGGCCAUGAAUCUGGCCAUACGUCAGGGACUCGAUGCCUCUGUCUUUGCCGAGAUCAUCAACUCUUCCACCGGCCGCUGCUGGGCCUCGGAGGUCUACAACCCCGUGCCCGGCAUCUGCCCCACUGCCCCCGCUAACCGGGAUUAUGCCGGCGGCUUCUCCACUGCCCUGAUCACCAAGGAUCUGGGUCUGGCCUCCGGUGUGGCCAACUCUUCCAACUCCCCCAUCCCGCUGGGUUCGCUGGCCCACAAGGUGUACUUGUCGCUGUGCGAUAAGGGUCUGGGCAACAAGGACUUCUCUGUGGUGUACGACCUCAUGAAGAAGGAGAAGUUCAGCGUUUAGAGUUAAGGACCUUAGCUAAGGCUGAUCCCCACCAGUCCUGCAUUUAUUAUUAUAUACUUAUACCCGUUUUUUCUGCGUGUAUUUUGCGUAAAUUAAAGACGUAUUCGAUUGUCGUUGGUUGAGUG